GCGCUCUUUCACACUUAUGCGCUUGCCCCUAUGCUACAGCACUGUCAGUUUGGACAAUUUGUCAGAAAAUUUUUUUAAGUGCGUUUGUCGUGAAAUUUCUAAUUGUUUGUUUUCAAUUAUUACUCACGAAAAGUAAGCAAUAAUAACCAAUAAAAAAUAGUGCGUUCCCCUUUCACAUGUGCAUCGUUCCCUAGCGAACAGUAGCGAAACAGGAAAGGCUCUCAAAUAUCAUAAACUCAUAAGAAUUAUAAUAACGACCAAGUUUACACUAAAGUGAAUAGCUAACAAAUAAACUGCAAACAUGUCCAGCCUACCACGUCGCAUCAUCAAGGAGACUCAACGCUUGAUGCAGGAGCCAGUGCCCGGCAUUAAUGCCAUUCCCGAUGAGAACAACGCACGCUACUUUCAUGUUAUCGUAACAGGUCCAAAUGAUUCGCCUUUUGAAGGUGGCGUUUUCAAAUUGGAAUUAUUCUUGCCCGAAGACUAUCCUAUGUCAGCGCCAAAAGUACGUUUCAUUACCAAAAUCUAUCAUCCGAAUAUUGAUCGCUUGGGACGCAUUUGUUUGGAUGUACUGAAGGAUAAAUGGAGUCCAGCAUUGCAGAUUCGUACAAUUUUGCUUUCAAUUCAGGCGCUUUUAAGUGCACCCAAUCCAGAUGAUCCACUAGCAAAUGAUGUCGCAGAAUUGUGGAAGGUGAACGAGGCUGAGGCCAUCAAGAAUGCACGUGAAUGGACUCAAAAAUAUGCCGUCGAAGACUGAAGUGCAAGCAUGUUUGUAGCAGAAAACGAACGAACGACGAUGAAACGAGCAGGCAUGAAGCAGCUGCAUGCUGUGUGGCGGGGGGAUGGGCAUACAAUGGGAACAACACGUGAAUACAACGGCUUUUAGUUGGUAAACAAGUGAUGGGGGUGGGGGCUUGAUGUAGUUGUAAUGUGCGUGAAACAUGAAAUGGAAUUAUAAAAUAACAUUUAAGUAGAGUAAUAUUGCGUAAAAUAAUUUCUAACUGGCUAAAGAAGAACAACUAUUUUCCGGUGUGCUGUUUAAUAUUUUUAAAACACUAUACAACUUAAUACAUUGAGAUGCUGAUGUCUUGAAUGUUUUUAAACAAAAACCACUCUACUACGCAAAAUAUAAAUACUACAAGAAACAAAUGAGUAUAAUAAAUGAAAUACAAAACAGUAAUAAAGUUAUUAAUAAUGCAAAAUAAUAAAAAUGGAAUACAUAAAUUGCUAUAAGUACAUACAAUAAAAUAAAAUAAUGAAAAAAAAUAUAUAUAUAUUGUAUACUCUUACUACACACUUUAAUACAAGCUAAAAAAGGAUAUGGAUAAUAGUUUAAAUAGUAUAUACAUAUAAAAACUAAAUGCUAAAUCACUUGUAAGAAGUUGCAACAACAACAAUAACUAUGCGAUAUUUGAUUCCAACUUUUUAUACGGUCUACAUUUGGCUGCUAAGAUGCGCGGUUGAGUAAAGAGCGCUACACAACUUGCCGGUUGGCGCUUGCUACUGGCUUCCAGCCAUGUCUAUACGUUGGUCCAAGUGUUGCACGUUGUGCGCGCUCGUUAGCUAGGUCGCUGUGUGCUAUUUAUUCGCAUUUUCUUUUAGUUCCCCUAACAAUAAUUCGUUUAGCCGUCUUUUCAUAUAGUAAUUGUAUUCUAUUUUUUUGCAUUUUAGAUACUUAGCCACUCUCUUAUACAUAUGUAUGUACAUAUCUACAUGUAAGCACGCCGCAUGUUGACGUUGUAGAUAUUCUGCGUUAUGGAAGUUGCUAUUCAAUUUUAAUGAAAAAUGAAAAUUUAUUAAUGUUUAGAGUUUAUACUUCGAAAAAAAAAAUCACUGAUCUUACUUAUAAUUUUGUAUGCUUGUUUCCUUAUUAUUUUCAUUAUAAUUAUUAGCAUUAUUUAAACAAAAUCCAUAAGAGGUAUUUUUAAACUUUUGUGGCAUUUCAUAUACUACGCUGCAUGAAAGUCAAGUUGAAAGCAAACGUCAAUAUGGAGAACUUAUGACAGCAGCGGUUAGUUGUUUUGCCGCUCUUUCUAUUUGUUUGUGUGUAAAGCAAAAAUACCUUUAUAAAGUAAUAUUACGUGAAACAUUAAGAAUCUAUAUAAUUUUUUUUAUUUCUUAUUUCUUAAAGCGUUAGUUGAAAUAAACACGAAACCUGAAUUGUAAGAUAAAAAAAUAAA